AUGCGUGUCCACUAUUUAAUCUGGAUUUGGAUUCACUUCUCCUUUGGCGAGUCUGAAUUUCAUUACCCAUGUCAGGAAAUCUGCCUUUGCAAAGAAGGGGCCAAGUUUGUGAACUGCUCUGGAGUCAAUGUGACUGACAACCUCAUCUUCCCACCUGAGACUGAGCACUUGGAUUUGUCCAUCAGUAACCUGUAUUCUGUUCCAAGCAAAGUUCUGAGAUCCCUAUGGAAGUUACAAGUUCUACUUCUGAGUGGGAACUACAUCACCGAAGUUGGAGAGAGAGCAUUUAGCUCUCUAGAGAGACUCCAGAAGCUUGAUAUCCAUAGAAAUGAGAUUACAGUGCUUGGAAGCAGUUUUUCCACAGGGCUCAGUUCUCUCAGAGAGCUGAAUUUGUCCUAUAAUAGGCUCCAGGAACUAUAUUACAGGAACUUCCAGCAUUUUGAGAACCUUCAGAAGCUCAGCUUCCAAAAUAACAACAUCUCCUCCAUAGAAAUGGGAGCCUUCCGGAGUCUGACCCGCUUGAGGCAGCUUCAUCUUCAAAAUAAUCACCUCUUGAACCUCCACAAUGGGGUCUUCUCCAUGCUGCAGCAUUUAGAGUUUCUGAACUUGGAGGGCAACAGGAUAAAGACGAUUGCCCCUGGGGUCUUUACAUCCUUGAACAGCCUAACGGUACUUAACUUGGUGCACAAUGAAAUUGAACAUAUCCGAUUCAAAACCUUCCUAACAAUCCAGACCCCUGGGACACACAUCUUGCUCUCCUACAACCCGUGGAUCUGCGACUGUGACCUGCAGAGAGUCUUUGCAAAGCUGCACAGUGUCAAGCGGCUGAUCUUGGAUGACUAUGACAACAUGACAUGCAUGGAGCCGCAAGUCCUGAGAAACCUGUCCCUGUCAUCAGUGGACACCCAGCUCUGCGUCGCAGAGACUGUGACGGUUCUCGUCAUUACCUUCACAGUGUUCAUUACUGUGGUGGCAGCUAUUGUGAUGGCUGAGAGGAACAGGAAGAAAAGGACAGGCAAGCACUGGAGUGAGGACAGUGACAUCUCUUACGAAUCACAAGACUGA